UAUUAUUGAUCAGUUGUGAAUUUAUUAUUACUGUUUGUAGUCAGCUUAUAUCAAUAAAACGAUUUAAUAGCCAUAGAUUCUAUUAUACAUGAUCAUUGCUUUGGGAGCGUUCUUCUAUGUCAAAAUCAAUAUUUUUGGUGACUUCAAUAAGGAUAUCAGUUACCAAAUAAAAACUACUUUCAUUGGUACAAGGUUUAAUAACUAUUUACAAUAUGUAAAUAUCAAGAACAAUUAUUUUGAAUUUUAUAUUGAUUUCAUUUUCGUUAUUUCAAACAAAUUGUAUUCAUAAUGAGAAUUUCAAAGAAAAAGAAAAAGGAAGAAAAGUUUGAACAUAUGGUGAGAGCAAGCGUAACGUACACGCAGACCGAAAACGGACAUCCGGUAGUGUUGAUGCCGGCAAACACUGGACCUUCAAAACCGAAAGCGGUGUGCUUUCGAAAACCCCGGAAACGUCGCUCCUUCGCGGCGUCGCGUUGUCACCGGACGUCGUUCGACCUGACGAAUCAAGUGAUCGUUUACUUCGAACCGGGAGGCAGCGGAAGAUACGAAGUGGUCGGCGGCAGGACUCCGGGUCACGGCAAUGUUGAGGACUCCACCACAGGACAAAAGUCCGUCGGACGUACCGCAGAACCUACACCGGUGGACGCGAAUCGGAAAGGCAGGCCCAAGGGAUCCAAGAACAAAUCUCCACCAUCGUCGUCUGCAACGCCAUCCGGAUCCGUCGCGUUCAACUACCGGUGCGAGAAGAAGUCGCUGACGUACACGUUCGCUGGCCCUGUAAAGUGCAAGUCGUGCGACCGGACGUUCAACGGCGAUCCGGUGGCCCACUGUCUAGAGCACCAUAAGACCGUGUGUCCCAUAUGUGGACGGACGUACCGGCCACCGCUGUCCACGCACAUCAAGUCUCACGGGACCCAACACGCGUCGCUGACCGUUUCCUGUUACGAGUGUUACGCGUGCAAGGAGAAGUUCGGCGACGAGUCGACCAUGGCUGAACACGUGCGAUCAGCGCACCACGUCACGACCGCCGCCGAGUGUCCGCUGUGCGGCGUCACCGGAUUCGAGACCGUCGACACGGCCGUCAAUCACCUGGUGGAAGUCCACUGUCCACAGAAGACGUUCAGCCACCCGACGGUGUACCGGUGUCGGGUGUGCCUGGCCGGGUUCAAGAGCCAGAUAAACGUGCUGCGGCAUGCGUGCAAUAAGAUCAAGUCACCUCAGUGCACGGAGUGCGGCAAGACGUUCCCGUCCAAGAUGCGGUACGCGUUCCACUUGCAGUUUCACGAGCACCCGAAGUGGGCCACCAUGCACCUGCACUGCGACUUGUGCCUGGCCGAGUUCGAAGACGAGUAUCAGCUGUACGAUCACAUCCGGUUCCGGCACGAGCUGCACGACAAGGCAGUGUGCGAGGUGUGCGGCCGAACGUUCAAGUCGUCAAUGGGCUUGAACAUCCACCGCCGAUAUCACAACGGGUCCCGGGACUUUGCGUGCAAGUCGUGCGACAAAUCGUUCCUGAACAAAUCCACGCUCCGCGAGCACGAGAUUUCGCACAUGGAAGUCAAACCGUUCCAGUGUCACAUAUGCGGCCAGUAUCUGAGCCGCGCGUCCAGGCUCCGGUCGCACGUCAAGACGCACCGGGCUGCCGAGUCGACCGAGCAGACGUGUUACGGGUGCGCCCGGUGCGGUUACGUGGCGCCCAACCCGGCCACGGUCGCCGAUCAUACGAGCAAGGAACACUUCGACGACGACGCGCUGUUGACGGCGACGGUGGAAAAAUACGGAUGUUACGCGGUGAGACUGUCGUCGGUGGUCAAGUGCGAGUACUGCGACUCCACGUACCUGGACGCGGUGCACUUGAACCGACACAGAGACGCGGCGCACGCGGGCGGAGGAGCCGUCGACGGGGACGAGGCGUUCAUCUGCGUGGUGUGUUCGUCCACGUUCAGCACUUACUCCAGACUGACCACGCACAAGUUAACGCACGGGAUAAACAUGGAGUCCUCGUGCGCCGCGUCCGUUAAGCCCGACCGAUUCGAAAUACCGCAGUUUUUCUCUUGCGAAUACUGCGCCAAGAUGUGCUUACACUACACGUACUUUUGCCUGCACCGGCGACUGAAACACCCGCCCGACGUGCAGACGCACGUGUGCGAACAUUGCGCCAUGGAGUUCAAGACUUCGUGGAGACUGACGUACCACAGGAAAACGGCGCACGGUCAAUCCGCCGCGACAGCCGACGCGGACGAGAAGCCGGCCGAGAUGUUCAACUGCAGCGUGUGCUCUCGGCAGUUCGUCAAGAUCGGCGCGCUCAACUUGCACAAGACCCGCACGCACAUCGACGUGGUCGGCGACGUGUGCAAGUACCUGUGCCACCAGUGCGGCAAGUUUUUCAGCUCCGAGUUUUCGCUCAAGUCGCACGUCAAAACUCACGAUUUCGUUGUCGGCGGCGGUGGCGGCGCUGACGAUCGCGAAAACAAAUCCUUCGUCGAUUUCGACGAAGCGACGUCGCAGACGCGGCCGAAUAACCGGCGCCGCACGUACCGGAAAUCGGUGACAAACGCCGCUGCACGUCCUACGACGCCGGUCAAGCAGUCGUGUCCGUACUGCACCCAGACGAUCGACGACAAGGCGACGUUCAUCGAACACGUCAACGGUCACCUCAGAGAUUGCAAGCCCGUGUUGCCGGCGGGCACGGUUUGCGAGCUGUGCGACGCGCGUUUUGGCGACUCCACGAUACUCAAAUACCACCUGGACGACCACGUGAAAAUGAACCAAGCCAUCCUGUGCCGGGCGUGCUACUCACCGUUUCUGUCGGAGGCCGCUCACGACGCGCACGUGGCCUCGACGUGCGAGUUCGCGACGAUGCCGGUCAACGCUUUCGUGAACUCGGCCCCUGCCGACGCUCAACCCGACGUCAAGUUCAUCGGCGUAUCUGACGCCCCGCAAGCCGACGUCCUUCCGCUGAUCGUCGACUGUUCGGAGAUUUUCGGCAAGAGCACCACGACGAUCACGUCAUCGUUUACAGUCGACCUAAAGUCCAUCGAGUUGCAGUCCACCGAGCUACUGUCCACCGAGCUGCAGUCCGCCGAGCUACUGUCCGCCGAGCUGCAGUCCGCCGAGCUACUGUCCGCCGAGCAGCAGUCCGCCCAGCUGCAGUCUGCCGAGCUGCAGUCUGCCGAGCUGCAGUCCACCGAGCUGCAGUCCACCGAGCUGCAGUCCGCCCAGCUACAGUCUGCCGAGCUGCAGUCCGCCGAGAUGCAGUCAGUCGUGAUGCAGUCCACCGAGCUACAGUCCGCCGAGCUGCAGUCCACCGAGCUGCAGUCCGCCGAGCUGCAGUCCACCGAGCAGCAGUCCGCCCAGCUGCAGUCUGCCGAGCUGCAGUCCACCGAGCAGCAGUCCGCCCAGCUACAGUCUGCCGAGCUGCAGUCCACCGAGCUGCAGUCCACCGAGCUGCAGUCCGCCCAGCUGCAGUCUGCCGAGCUGCAGUCCGCCGAGAUGCAGUCAGUCGUGAUGCAGUCCGCAUUCAAGGAACCAUUAGCCGACGAUAAAUUCAUGGAAUCGUCCGUGGUCGAUGAGCUCCUGUCUAUAAUAUCCACGCCUCGAUCUUCGGCCACGCUGGAUACGAUUGAUUUCCAACAAUCAGACUACAUGUCGUUGGAAGAAAUAUUCAACAGCAUCUCCUCUUUGGACUGACGUUCUUACGUAUAAUAUUAUAUUAUUACAGUGUUCGCGAUAUACUCUAAUGCAAUAACUAGUUGCUGAUUAUUUUUUUUUUUCCCGAUAUGCAUCACAUGUUUUCUUGUUCCUAUACUUGCGUUUUUUUUUUUGCGUGCCUAUUUUUAACCUCGUUUUUUACUUUUUACAAAGACAUUUUUUUCGAAAAACAUAUCUAUUUAUUUUUUCGUCGGCCUCCAAAAAGCAAACGAUAUACUAUUAUGCCUAUACUCGUUUAUUAUUAUUGCUGUUAUUAUUGUCAAUGUUUGGGCGUCAUACCCAUAGUGAAUUUUAUUUUUGUCUCAAUGUCGUGUUACAUAAUCUACAGUAGUGUUAUGAUUCUCGUAAACACAUUAUAUUGUAUAUUGUAUUAUAUUAUCCAAAAAAUGAAUUACAAAUUAAAAUAAAUUACAAUGAUUAUUCUGAA